AUGCGCCUCAUCGCCAUUCUCUUACUUUCUCCAUGUCUUGCAGAGAACCAGUGUGAUCUGAGCCAGGAGGAGUCUGUGUCACAGUGGGGGCCUGGGCUACUACAGCAGAGCUACCUGGUCCGGGAGCGGGAAGAUAGACUCGCCUUCAGCAUCACUGAAGCGAAGGCGAAGGCUUCUUCUUCUGCAGAGAGGCCGGUGGUAUCAGCUUCUUGGAAUCUCGUCGACCGCAGCCGCUUCGGCACCCGGAUAGUGCACUUCCCAAGCUGGGUCUAUGGAGGAAUCGCCGGAUUCUUCGUCGUCGUGUUUCUUCACGAAGUGUAUGUCUCGGGAGGCGGUGUUCCAAUCUGUCAGCCAACAAACCCGGAGAAGUCCAUCGCAUGUCAGCUGAUGAACUUAUGGUCGAGCGCUUCGCCAUUUGUGGCCAUGUCAAUGCAGGUGCCAAUCUCGCUGGAUUUCGCUCUCUCCCUCCGCCAAUCAGCCACGUCGUCAGGGUUCUUCCUCAGCUGCGGCGUGAUCACAGGAGUGUUCGCUAUGGUCGCCGGGAAGAGACUCGUGGAUGAAGAGAACUGGGAUCAGUUUCGCGUGCGGCGGGUGCUGGUCAUCGUUCCGCUCAUCGCCGCGGUUUUUAGCUUUGCAUCCGCCAUUUUCAUCAAUGAGACAGCAAGCAGUGAUCGGGUGUAUAUGAUCUGGUGGGUGAUGAUCGGCUUGUCUUGCGCGGGAUCUUUUGUCGCACCACUGUCAGUGAUUCCCGGCAUGAUCUUCUGGACGAAGAUUACGAAGUCCAAGAAUCGAACGUUUUGGAUGAUCCUGACACAGUGCGCCCGGAACCUGGGCAUGGUAGUGGGACCCGGACUCUUUGCACUUCUACGGGUUUUUGUGACAGGUGGAGGCGAGAGAGUGAGUCCACGCAGCAUGAUGGGAUGGGUGAACCUGCUGCUUUUGGUCUUCUCCCUGAUCUCGGCCGCCUUCGGUGCCUUUGUGAUGCCGGCAAGGAUUUCUGACUAUCCGUCGAACUCAGAGGACCAGGACGAGGAUCCGGAAGACCUGGUCAUGAUCUCUGACGCUCAGCUCGAGGCUAUGGGGGAGCCGGAGCGAGAGCAGGUGGUCUGGAACAUGAUAUGGUACGCCUUCGAGCGGCCCUUUACGCUGUCAGCUGUGGAGGUGUCCACCAUCAUGAUGCUAGAGAUCUACUACGGUUGGGAUCCAUACAUCACCGGCAUUUACUUCACGGCGGUCUGCUCCCUGGGCAUCAUUAUGUCCGUUUUCACAACUGUUGCUUUGGUAAAAGGAUGGCUGACGGAGUCCUAUGUCUUCUUGGCCUCUGCAGCGUCGUCGAUCCUUGGCUGUCUGCUCCUCCUGGAGUUUGUUCCAACUCCGGGGUGGACGCUGCUCAUCGCUGACUGCAUCAUUUACACUGGCGCUACGGUUGCCAAUGGUUUCGCCGAAGGCUGGGCCAGCCGUGCAGCGAAGGAGGGCACUAGCUUCAGCAACGCGGAGUACCGCUUGCGACAGCUCACGGCCGUCACAGCGAGCCGCUUCAUGGGUCCCAUCAUAGGUCGAUCUCUCGUCGAUUAUGGGGGCCGAAACGUGUACGCGACAGUGCAGCUGGCGAUGUGCAUACUGGGAACCAGGACGGUCUACAAGACCGUGGCCCUCAUCUGGAGCUGGAACCAAGCCCGCCUCGGCAAGGACCCGAAGGUGCCGGCCCCCGCGGAGAAGCUUCUUAAGGGCUUGAUGUUCUUCGUGUCCUGCUUCGACCGUGUAUCUACCGGUAAUGGCACUUUCGAGAUCCACUACAAGGCUAAAGAGCUGUGGAUUCUCUUCGGCUUCGUCAUGUGCUUCGCCUGGGUCUACGAGUACAGCACGGCCAUGUGGUGCCGAGCGGCAGCUGGGGUGCAGGAGGCUGGGGCGCAGGUGGCAACGGGAAGUACCCAACACCCACUGCAAACGAAUGAACAGAUUCGGCAGGAUUUCCAUAAGCUGCUGGUGAAGAAAUACGGGACCAUCGCAGGCGCCUGGAAAGUCAUCGACGUCAACCAGGACGGAAAGCUCUCGUUCUUCGAGUUCAUCCGCGGCUGCCAGAGCUUGGGUGUGAGCCAAGGCGCCCGGCGCCUGUUUGGCGCAUUAGACUUAGAUCGAUCUGGCUUCAUCUCGCUGGCGGAGAUAGAUCCACCACUUGCAGAGAUGAUGACGAGCCUGUCUGUCACGAUUUGGUCCGUCUUCGGCACAGUGGAGAAGGCAUGGGUUAAAUGCUUCAACACGAAAGGCAAGCUGAGGAUCUCCGAGCAGGACUUCAUAGCCGCGACGCGGGAGAUCGGCUUCCGCGGCAAUGCAUCUCACCUCUUUUCGGAGCUGGCAACAGAGAAGGCCAGCACCGGCAUCUCCCGCGGGGAGUUUGGCUUCCUCCACAUUUGGAUCGCGAAUGGACAGCCUGAUCGCAUCGGUAGCGAGGAAAAGGAGUCGCGUUGGGCAAAGCCAGUGGAGCAGUGGCUGCCGCCUGUGAGUGCGCCAGAGGAGAAAGACUGGCGAAGACAAUUCAAGACGCUGCUGCUCAAGUCCUACCAGAACUACGUGCGCGCCUGGCGCCAAGGGCUGGAUCGUGACCGGAAUGGGCAACUGGACUACAACGAGUUCAAAAUGGCCGUGAAAGAUGUCGGCUUCGCUGGGAAUGCCCGUGAGCUGUGGCAUCAGCUGGAUGAGAAUGGCAACGGAGUGGUGAGCCUUUGGGAGCUGGACCUCGACACAGCCGAACUGCUCCACGACUUCCACGAAUGUGCUGAAGCCAGCUACGGAUCGUGGGAGGCCACGUGGCACGAAGUCAUGGACCUUAGAGGCGACGACCGCGUGAAGAUGGCUGACUUCCGCUUCGGUUGCCAGGCAAUGGGUUACAAAGGCGACAUCAAUCUGAUGUUCGACCUGCUCGAUGCGUCUUGGCCAAAGGGCCAAGUCCCUGGCACAAUGCCGUAA